UGCAACUUAUAUAAACAUAUGUUUUAGGGUUCAAUAAAAAGAGAUCAUCGAAGAGGGUGUGCGGCUGCGAGUGAGGAGGAGAGGCGCAGUUUAACCGGACGAGACUACCGGAGAUCUCCAAGUAGUCACUACAACGCAACCAUGGCGAGGGGUUUGAAGAAGCACAUGAAGAGGCUCAAUGCCCCUAAACACUGGAUGCUCGAUAAACUUGGUGGUGCUUUCGCUCCCAAACCUUCAUCUGGACCACACAAAUCAAGGGAAUGCUUGCCCUUGAUCCUGAUCCUUCGUAACAGGACUGACAAAACUUACCCUGCUGGUUUCAUGGAUGUUGUCUCCAUUCCCAAAACCAAUGAGAACUUCCGUCUUCUUUAUGACACCAAAGGAAGAUUCAGACUCCACUCGGUCAGGGAUGAAGAAUCCAAGUUUAAAUUGUGCAAGGUAAGAUCAGUCCAAUUUGGGUCAAAGGGGAUUCCAUACAUCAACACAUACGAUGGAAGAACAAUCCGUUACCCUGAUCCUCUAAUCAAAGCCAAUGACACCAUUAAACUCGACUUGGAAUCCAACAAGAUUGUUGAUUUCAUCAAAUUUGAUGUGGGAAAUGUUGUGAUGGUGACUGGAGGAAGAAACACAGGGCGUGUUGGAAUCUUGAAGAACAGGGAAAAACAUAAGGGAAGCUUUGAAACAGUUCACAUUCAAGAUUCAACAGGGCAUGAAUUUGCUACCCGUUUGGGCAAUGUGUUCACCCUUGGAAAGGGAACAAAGCCAUGGGUGUCUCUCCCCAAGGGCAAGGGUAUUAAGUUGACCAUCAUUGAGGAAGCUAGGAAGAGGCAAGCUGCUGUUGCUGCAACUGCUUAGAUCUUUAAUGAUUUAUUGCUUUUCAUAGUUUUUGUUAUGUUACAAUUAUUAUCAUUGUUAAACUUUUUUUUUUAUUGCAUUUGGUACAAUUUUUGUUAUGGAAGUGUUGAAUUUUGCGUACUUUGUUUUGGUAUGUUUCCAUGACAUAAAAUGAAAUGAAGUAGAUUAAUUAAUUAAUGAUACAA